UCAUCGAUCCUUCAGGCUGGAGCAGGAGCAUCGUCGGUGGACCCUCGUCUCCUCGCUGCUCGCCUCCAGCCCCACGCCUCCCGGUGCAGCACACUGGAGCGGAAAGCCAACUCAGAGGAGGGGAGUUUCAGAUUAUUCAGUUCAAGGGAAUGAAGAAUUCAGAAUAAUUUUGGCAAAUGGAUUCCAAUAUGGCAAAUAAGAAUAAGCUGAACAGUUGACCUGCUUUGAAGAGACUUCCUUUCCAUUUUUCUAAAAUAAUCUAUAACAACCAACCCAAUCAAAAUGAAUUCAACAUUAUUUUCUCAGAUUGAAAACCAUUCAAUCCACUUUAAUUUUUCAGAGAAGAAUGCCCAGUUUUGGGCUUUUGAAAAUGAUGAUUGUCACCUGCCCUUGGCCAUGAUAUUUACAUUAGCUCUUGCUUAUGGAGCUGUGAUCAUUCUUGGGGUUUCUGGAAACCUGGCCUUGAUCAUAAUCAUCUUGAAACAAAAGGAGAUGAGGAAUGUCACCAACAUCCUGAUUGUGAACCUUUCCUUCUCAGACUUGCUUGUUGCCAUCAUGUGUCUCCCCUUCACAUUUGUCUACACAUUAAUGGACCAUUGGGUCUUUGGUGAGGCAAUGUGUAAGUUGAAUCCUUUUGUGCAAUGUGUUUCCAUCACUGUGUCCAUUUUCUCCCUGGUUCUCAUUGCCGUGGAGCGACAUCAGCUGAUAAUCAACCCACGAGGAUGGAGACCAAAUAACAGACAUGCUUAUGUAGGUAUUGCCGUGAUUUGGUUCCUUGCUGUGGCUUCUUCUCUGCCCUUUCUGAUCUACCAAGUAUUGACUGAUGAGCCAUUCCAAAAUGUGACACUUGAUGCCUUCAAGGACAAGUACGUGUGCUUUGAUAAAUUUCCGUCGGACUCACAUAGAUUGUCUUAUACCACUCUCCUCUUGGUGCUGCAGUAUUUUGGUCCACUUUGUUUUAUAUUUAUUUGCUACUUCAAGAUAUAUAUACGCUUAAAAAGGAGAAACAACAUGAUGGACAAAAUGAGAGACAAUAAGUACAGGUCUAGUGAAACCAAAAGAAUCAACGUCAUGCUGCUGUCCAUUGUGGUGGCCUUUGCUGUCUGCUGGCUCCCUCUUACCAUCUUUAACACCGUGUUUGAUUGGAAUCAUCAGAUCAUUGCCACAUGCAAUCACAACCUGUUAUUCCUGCUCUGCCACCUCACAGCAAUGAUAUCCACCUGUGUCAACCCCAUAUUUUAUGGAUUCCUGAACAAAAAUUUCCAGAGAGACCUGCAGUUCUUCUUUAACUUUUGUGAUUUCCGGUCUCGGGAUGAUGACUAUGAGACAAUAGCUAUGUCCACCAUGCACACAGAUGUUUCUAAGACUUCUUUGAAGCAAACAAGCCCAGUCGCAUUUAAAAAAAUCAACAAUGAUGAUAAUGAAAAAAUCUGAAACUGCUUGUAGCAUAUGGUCCCCGAUGACAUCUGUUUAAAAACAAGCACAACCUGCCAUAUACUUUCAUUACCUGUUCUCAUGUGGAAUGGGCUUGAACCCAUUUGAGAAAGACUAAGAUUUUCUUGUCUUGCUUUUCACUGCUUUUGUUAUAGUUGUCAUAAUUAUAUUUGAAACACAAGGUUUGGGCAUUGGAAUCUUCUGGCAAUAGUGUUGACCAGACAUCUUUGAAGUGCUUUUUGUGAGCUUAUGCAUACAAUAUAAAGACUUUUAUACUGUGUUUAUUCGAAUGAAAUUUCUUUCAAGUACUACUAUUAACUGACUUCAGAAACGCUAGCCAUCUGGUACUCUUAUUAGAUUGGGCCACCCUUAUUUUAUGAUGUGCAGCAUUUUAGUCUGUUACAGAGGUGACAGCAUGCAAAAGCAGCAUUCAGCAUCCAGGAUGUGGAGCCAAAAGUGUCUGAAGUCAUUCAGAAGUGACUUGCUUUUGUUUGUUGUUUGAGAGGGCCUAAUUUGCUCCUAAUUGGUUAUCACUUAAUUUAAGAUUAAAAUGCACAAAAAUUACAUACUUCUCAGCUGUGACUAUCACCAGGAAUUGGGCUACCCAUAAGAAUAAAGAGAGAAAGCAGUUCCCUAACUUCAAAACUAUUUUGGUACCUGACAGCGAAAGCAUUUCAGAGUAAUUUAUUCAAUAAAUAAAUUAGUAUUGCUGCCAGUAGUUGAAUUAUAUUCAUUUGAACUGAUGGUCAAGAGAUUUUCCAUUCUUUGCAGACUGUUCAGUGUGUGUAAAGCUUUCUAGCAUAAACAUGUAAUUCAAAGGCAUUUCCAGCUUAUAAUAUGUAGAAACACAAAAUGUAUUUUCCAUACAGCAGUGCCUAUAUAGUAACUGAUUUUUAACUUUCAGUGUCCAUUUUUCAAAGUAGGUGACACUAAGGUACAAUGGUAAAGGAAUGUUUACUUCACCUACAGGGAAAAAUACAUAAAAACUGAGACCACUUUAUAUAACCCGUGUUAGCUUAUAUAAACUGUGUGACUUGUGGUGUCUUAUAAGUACUGCACUGUAAAAAGUACUGCAUAAUCGUGUCAUGUUAAGAUGCCUAAUUUCAUCUAUCUUGUAAUCGUGAUCGAGCCUCAGCAUCAUUUGGAGAAAUGACAUUUUAAAGAACAAGAUAUUCUCCAAUGUAUUAUACAGCAGAAGUAUUAAAUGUGUUUGAUUUUAGGACAGACACUCUCUUUAUUAAAAUUGUUUUUGCCUUUU